AGGCAGGGGCGGCGCUGGAGGAGUUGGGCGCGGGCGCGCGGUGCUUGGUGCGCGCCACCGCCCCUCGGCCCAGCUUGCCGGCCUUCUCCACCUAAGCCCUAGGUCUCUUCAGCCGGCCCCACCCCUUCCUCCUCUCCUGGCCCGGAGGCCUGGUGCGCGGCGCAGCUCGACCAUUGCGGCCUGGCUAUCGGGCAGUUCUCGUUUUGGCGCUCGAGAGUGGCACGCCAGGCGGGGGGCGCGAGGCCAGAGCUGGCUCGGCAGAGUGCGGGGGGGAGGGUCUGGCGGAGCCCCCAGAGGAGAGCAGGGGCAGGCAGGGGGUGCCGAGGCAAGUGAGACACUGGAGCUGAGGAGGCAUCAUGGCUGUGUUUCUGGAAGCCAAAAAUGCCCAUGCAGUUCUGAAACGAUUCCCUCGUGCCAAUGAGUUCCUGGAGGAGCUACGUCAGGGCACCAUUGAGCGGGAGUGCAUGGAAGAGAUCUGCAGUUAUGAAGAGGUCAAGGAAGUAUUUGAGAACAAAGAGAAAACGAUGGAGUUUUGGAAGGGAUACCCAAAUGCAGUCUACUCAGUCCGAGACCCGUCACAAAGCUCAGAUGCCAUGUAUGUGGUGGUGCCCCUCCUGGGGGUAGUCUUGCUGAUUGUCAUUGCCUUGUUCAUCAUCUGGAGGUGCCAGCUGCAGAAAGCAACUCGUCACCACCCUUCCUAUGCUCAGAACCGGUACCUAGCCAGUCGUGCUGGGCACAACCUUCCCAGAGUUAUGGUGUACAGAGGCACUGUGCAUAGCCAGGGAGAAUCCUCUGGGCACCGUGAGGCAGGAAAUAACCCACAGAUAGUUCUGGGGCCCAGCCGGGGAGGCAGAACCACUGUCAGGCUGGAGAGUACUCUCUACCUCCCUGAGCUCUCUCUCUCCAGACUAUCCAGUGCUACCCCUCCCCCCUCCUAUGAGGAGGUGACUGCCCCCCAAGAGGGCAGCAGUGAGGAGGCCAGUGUCUCUUACAGUGACCCUCCCCCAAAGUAUGAAGAGAUUGUGGCAGCCAGCCCCAGUGCAGACAAGUAGCUGAAUACAGGCCCUGGCCUGUAUAAAAGCCUCUGUUGGAGGUAGCCUGCUUCCCUUGGACUUCUGAAAGACUGUGCCACCACAAAACAGCCUUAGCCUCCUUGUUGCCAAAUAAUUCCCUAAUUGUGGAUUUGUAGGAAGUCAGUUGGUAGAGACAGUGUGUGUGUGUGUGUGUGUGUGUGUGUGUGUGUGUGUGUGGUCAGGGGAGGCAUAGGACAAGUGCAUGAACCCCCUGGGAAGAGCUACAGACCUGAGAGUCCAGGUCUUCCAGACGUCCCCCUUGCCACCAAGUCCCUACUAUCCUGUCCUGUCAUUAGGGACUGGCUUCUCUUAUGCCAAAGGAACCAUUCAAUAGCAUUGAUUGUGAUUAGAAUGACCACAGGCUCAUCCCCUGGGGCUGUGGGGCUGUCUGUGGAUCUAGGGCACAGAGAUGAGGGAGUCAACACAGCCCUACAGUUACUCUUUUUUCAACAGUUCCAUCCUUCCUGUUCUCACUUAUGAGGACAGAAAUAAUGAUUGAACUAGGAACAAAGCACAAGUCAUAACAAAUAAUGAACCAUAGAUGAAAACAAUAUCUCCUGGACCAUCUGUAGCCCUCCAAAAGACAUCAAUUGAACAGACCUUGGCACAACCUCCCUCCAACACCCACCCCUAUGCUCCUAGACAGGGUGAAAUCUAUGUGGAGAGCAACUUGGCAGGAGGACAAGGCAUGGAAAGGAGGAGGGAAGGGGUCUGGGUGGCAGAGCUCCUUUUUCCAGACCAAUCAAGGGGCCCACUUGAACUCUGCCAUCUUGUUUCUGGUGUGUACCAUCUGUGUUUAACCCCCCCCCCCACUGGCAUUAGUCCAGGCAUAGCCUUGGAGUACUCUGUUGUGGGGAAACUGAUGACCCCUUCCUUUAUGAAGUCUGGAGUCUCUCCCUGGCCAUUACAGACUGGCAUAGAGAGCUCAAGAUUCUUCUUUUGUGGGGUUGAUCCAUCUAUAGGAUAGUUAAAACCAUAAAACCACGAGCUCCACCUCCUUGGCACUGUGCUAUCUGGCUUUGAAGUUUUAGGAUACUUCCUUUUUUGUUUUGUUGUUGUUGUUGUUGUUGUUUGUAAAUAGGUGCAUUGAACUUGAACUUUAGAUUGUGAUUUCUCCUAAUGAUGGUGCCCUUACAGGGAGAAGUUCCCGAAGUGUGUCUUAAAGUUUUUCUUAGUGGGGAAGCCUAUGACCUGGGGUCCAAAGCCCACCUGGGGUUUGCUCUGCCAUAGCCAGGAGCUGAUCUGUUUUCAAUGAGGCUUUGGAAGCCGUUGGGCCGAGGUGACUUGCUCUUUAACUGUCAAUGAUAAAGUGAAAGACACAGUUGAUACCAUCUCUACCCACCCCAGCUGUAUUCUCCUGGCCUCUAUGCCAAAUCAUUCUUCCUCUGUGGUGCUUUAAAAUAUGUAGCACAUUUUUGUGGGGCUCAAAAAGAGUGAAUAGCGUGGGUCUACUGGCAACUGCAGUGGUUUCAACCCACAGAGUUGACAAGCUUCCUUCUGUCUAAACAGCCCUCCAAGGCAGACACUGAGAUACAUUCCUUGAAUGCACUUCUGACUUGAGGCCCCAGAUGACUUCUAGAGGCUGUUCCAGUGCUAGGGACUUUCCCAGGGGUGUGUUUCUAGUCAAGCUUAUGUUCUUACCCCAGUGAGGCUGCCAGCUUGAAUAACUCAAUCCUGUGGCUCCCCUACCUCACCAGCCCAUUAGAGGCUGACAGAGCUAAAGCUUGUGAAGUGCUUGAAGCACCAUGGAACCAGUGAAGUUUGCCCAUAGUGAGAUUCUUUUAGAAAUAAGUAGUAGCUGCAAGGGACUGGUUUUAGCAGAGGGUUUCCAAUGCCUCUGAUGUUGAGUAUCAACCUGAAGAGUCAGUCUCUUUCCAUUUGACCCUUUGUGGGCCUUCCUUUCUCCCCAGAGACUUUCCCCCCUUUCCCUCCAUUUGGACUUCCUUCCUCUGUCCAUUCCUGCUUUUCAUUCCUUUGUGUCUUCCCUCUUCCCUUUUCUUUCCUUCCAUUUUUCCUUUUAUUCUUUCACUCCAUUGGUCUUCUAGUAUUGCCUUUCUGUAUGGAAAGAUUUGGGGCUCAGAAGUCCCCUGCUUUUUUCAUGAUAGAGAUUUGGAUCAAUCCCAUCCAGACAUGCUGGAGAUUCUGGGGAAGGAGAAAGCUCUGGGGCCAGCCCACCAUCUCCCAGCAUUUUUUAAAGCUGGUGCCUGAUUGUGACCUGGGAUACAUGAAAACAGACUUACCCCACUAUGAUUCCUCCUCCAUCUAGCAGAGAGUCAGACAUAGGCUCCAUUUACCAGGGACACAGAGAGUAUGUCAAGUAAUUCCCACUGCCUUUGGCUUGUGUUGAGGUUUUUCUGUUGGGUUGCCUGGCAACUAGAAGCUAAGGAUGUGUAGGUAAGAGCAGGAAACUGACUCCCAAGGCCUAUAGAGAGUGACAUGUAGCCCCCAGGGGCUGAGAACUGGAUGCAGGGUGAGUAAGAAGCAGCUCCUUGGACGUUGCCUGUGGGUUCUAGGUCAGGUGCUUCACAGAGCUCUUCCAGGUGAUUUGUGCCAAGGCCUCUGCAAUGGUUUUCACAGCACAGUAUUUAGUCAUAUGUAAUGGGCAUAAUUCCUCAAGGUGCACACUUGGCUUUUAUGAAUGCCCUGUAUAUAACUUUUCAAACUCUGUCUUUGUAUAGACACUGAUACAAUGCUAACACUUCACUAGCCACAUUUUGUUUGCUUAAGGUGUGUGUGUGUGCGCGCGUGCGUGUGCAUGUGUAUGUGUAUACAUGUAGGCAUGUUGUCUUUUCUCAUUGCUUCUAUGAAAUGAUAGCUGGUGUGUGAUUCUAUUUGUCCCAGGAGAGAUCUGCUCUGGAGAGAAGACUGUUUUCAUCUUGUGGGGCCUGCAUUCUGUGGGACCCCCUCCCACUCACAUGUCUUUUGGGCACAGUGCCCCCCUGUUUCUGUAGAUGUCAGCAACUAAAGGAAAUCUGAGCACUCCUGUGUGUGUGUGUGUGUGUGUGUGUGUGUGAGAGAGAGAGAGAGAGAGAGAGAGAGAGAGAGAGAGAGACAGACAGACAGAGAGACAGACAGAGAGACAGACAGAGAGACAGAGAAAGAGACAUAGAGACAGAGAUAGAGCCAGAGAAUGAAUGUGUGUGUGAGAGACAGGUAAAGAAUGAAUGUGUAUGUCUGUGUGUGCUUGUGAACAUGUGUGCAUGUGUGUGUGUAUGUAGAUGUGUUACUAUUGACUUUGAGAAUGGUGGGGGUAGUUACUUAGAUACUUUUCACUAAAAAUGAAAAGGCUUUAAAAUAUAACUGUCACUUGUUUUCAACCAAAACCUUUUUAAGACUUUUUAAACAAGAAUGGCAAUCCCGUCUGUCCCCUCCCAGACUGCCCAUCACUUUGGGUUUUCAAAAUGAAAGCACAAGAGAAAGAGCGGGGCGCACAGGUGCCUGGCAUGUGCAUACCCUUGCACAGCUGUGUUGCGCCCUGGCUGAGCAGUUCCACCCAGGAAACUGAGGCCUCCUCUGCUACUUGCCAAUUCCACUGCCAUUAGUGUGAAUUCCUUAGGGUGCUCCAGCAAACAAGCAUCUGCCCAAUUGUUUAGAUAUUGUCUUUUUGGUAGUCCAAACAUUAGGAAUUAGGGACAGCAGUGUUUUUUUGUUUAAGCAGUUAGAGCCAGAUGCUUCCUCUCUCCCACUUGAUAGUAACUCCCCAGAUCCCAGACAGAGUUGACUGAUCUUUUGUUGACGGAUCUUUUGACAAGCAAAUGGCAUCCCAUGAGAAAACCAAGAAAAAAAUCCAACAUUGUCACUAGAUUGUCUUUUAAUUCAAGUGAGAGGAAGAUGGUGGAGAGAGGUUGAGUUGCCGGGACAGUGCUUUGGAACAGAGUGUGUGCUCUGACUGUGUGUCUGCUCAGUCAAGCCUGAGCUAUUGGGCCGGGCUGCUUUUCAGCUUGACAAGUGCUGAAGCUCCAUUCACAAGCAUCACUGAUUCCAAAACAGUUACAUCUUCCACACUGAAAUCUCCUAAUACUAAUCAGUAUAAUUAGCCAAUUUUAGACUGCUGCAAUCAAACUGCUUCCAAGUACAGUAAAAGCCCAUUAAUUUGAGCACACUAAUUCAGAACUUAGAGGAAAUCCAAAUUUGAGAUAAUUCACAGUAACUGCUAUUCUUGCUAUAUAAAAAUGUUUGAAAGUGUCUUCCCUUCAUUCAGUCUUCAUCUGUAUAAAAGGAAUUCUGUUUAAAAUGGGUACCCUUUUCAAAGGAAAUGUUCAAGGUACCAAGGAUCCCUUCAUUGUGCCUUCAGCUUGGAGUUUAGCAGUUCUUGUGUGUAAGGCUCUUUCUGUGCAGGGUGAUCCCUUGUUCUCUUUCCAUUGUGGGUAUGUUAGAUAUUGCAGCCUUUCACUCCAUGUCUGUAUUUAUCCUGUGAUUUAAUUAGUUUGUGAUCUUGACUGCAAUUUAAACACAAGUAUGUGUCUUUGUAAGUGUUCUGUAAAGCAGACGUUGCACUAACAGACUGCCUGCUCUAAUUCAUACCAAGUCUUCAAACUUUAGAGUGUCUCCUUUCCCAGGCUGUGGAAGGAGAAUCUCUCUAGCAAGAAUUUCUGUGACAAAGAUCUCCAAAUAGCACACGCCCUCAGCUCCAUGCCUCAACAGUUGUUUCACUGUACUGCUAUCUGACUGCUGAACGUGCCUGCCCUUCUCCAGCCCCCAGUGAGCAUAAAGAUAUGUAGGAUUGGGACCAACCCUCCAGCUGCUUUUUGCCACCCAACCUAUAUUGCCUCUCUGAUGCCGUUUUCCCAGGCCUGAAUCCACCUGCUACUUCACUCUGGCAUUGUGAAUUUGUGACAGUGGCAACCCUGAGCUUUUAGAAAUGAUUACUGUAAAAUGGAUUAAUUUUGGUACCACUUGAAACUGUGCUCAUAUUCAUGUGUUGACUGAUGUCAGCUGGGGCAUCUGUACAUUCAGUCAUAUGUUGGGAUUGCAAAUGGGGCCUAGGGGCAACAAACCAACUUGCUUCUGACCUUUCUCAUGCACGCUUUUUGGCUCCCUUUUUACAAUUGUUGAGUUUAGGUGUUAACUUUUGUCUCUUUCUGUACAAGAAAAUAAUGAUUAAAAAUAAAGAUCAAGUGGCAUCC